UAAUGUCAUCAGAAAGCAAUAAAAAACCUAUUGUCAUAAUUCCAUAAACUACUAUGAAUAUACGUAGAUUAGAAAUAGAAUAAGUAGAUUAGAGUGAUGACUUAGAAGCAUCUUCUGAAAAAAUCUCAGAAUAGUAAUCAGAUGACCCUUUUUUAAAUUUUGUUGCCUCUUAUUCACUCUUUACCAAUAAUUCAGAGGAUACUCAAUUAGAACUCUCUUAAGUGCUAUAAUAACUUAAUGAUAAGAUUUCAAUUAUUAAACCACCAUCAAAUCACUUAUUAGACUUUCAUUAGUAAUUAUAAAUUAAAGAAAAUCAAAUAAAUGAAUUAGUAGACACUCUCAAAUAAUUACCAGAUUCUAAACUCUUUUCUUGUAUUCAAGAUGUUGAAAAGUAAAACUAUCUUCAAAUUAUCUAGACUCUAUUAUAGACUAUCAGUUGAUUUUCAGGAAGAAUUGCGAACUGCCUAAAAAUUAAGAAUUGUUUGA